CUUAUUUAUUUCUCCGCAUAGACGUUAUUUAGGGCUGGCCGGAUCUCUGGGUCAGCCCGGCGAUCCAGCGUUUACUCGGAGGACGAAGCAGCUUGCUUGGACAGCACCAAAGAGCGAGUAGCAUUCCGUGCUCGCUGCAUGUGGCCGGCGGGCCCGGCGGGGUGGGGCGGCGUUAUUUCUCGGCGCGUAGAAAAGUUUCGUUUCGAAUAUUAUGUCAAAGAUGGCAGCGGCCGGACCGGUUAAAUGCGCAAUUUGAUGGCAAGAAGGCCUUGAAGAACCCUCAAGUGCCCAUCAAAAAAAUGUGACAUCCUUUAAUGAUUAAUGAUGAGGUAUAGUUGACGACAAGAUGAUGUAUGAGACUGUUGCAAAGAACACACUGUACUUUGUGCCAACACACUAUUUGGAGACGCCACAACUUGUGCUACUAUCGCUAAGGGGAUUUUAUCAGCCCGACCAUUACUAUGCUUUAUUACACCUGCAUCAGAUAUCUGGUGUAACCAGAAGGGUCAAAAAGCGCAAAUGAUGAAUCUUUUGAAAGAAGAUAGCCUCGUUGUGGGGGCUUCAGAGUUCACAGUGCUAAAGCUUCAUCAUGAUUAAGUAUUCUAUCAUUCAGAAAGAGAGGAAUAUAAGAGAGAGAAAGAGAGAGAGAGAGCAUAUAUUCGGUUCGGUUCAGGGGAUGGAUUCGAUAAUGUCGGACUUGCUUUUGCCUAGUGACAUACUUAUAUGAUUGAUCUCCUACUAUACAGUGUUAUAUUUCCAAGUAGCCUUCUUCCAGUUUCUUCCCUCUUCCUCCCUCCUCCUCCUUCUUCUUCUUCUUCUUCUCUGUCAUGGAAGAUCAACAGCUUAACCCCUUGGCCAUUACCCACCUCCUCCAACACACACUAAGGAGUCUCUGCAGCCAGGAGAACUCCCACAGCUGGCUAUAUGCUGUCUUCUGGAGAAUCCUCCCUAGAAACUUCCCACCACCUAAAUGGGAUCUCCAAGGAGGAGCUUAUGACAGAGCUAGAGGAAACAGAAGAAAUUGGAUUCUGGUAUGGGAGGAUGGAUUCUGCAACUUCGCCGCUUCCGCAAUCGAGCAGGCCUGCGGGCCAAGCUCGUCGGCCGGCUACCGUGACGGAGGCGGGGAAGGCGGAGCAACUAAGGGGCUUCAACCAGAGCUCUUCUUCAAAAUGUCUCAUGAGAUUUACAACUAUGGAGAAGGUUUGAUAGGCAAAGUUGCAGCAGAUCAUAGCCAUAAGUGGGUUUAUAAGGAACCUCAGGAGCAGGAGAUUAAUUUCCUCACAUCAUGGAACAAUCCAGCUGAUUCUCAUCCGAGGACAUGGGAAGCACAGUUCCAGUCUGGUAUUAAGACCAUUGCUUUGAUUGCAGUCAGAGAAGGUGUUGUUCAGCUUGGAGCAGUCAACAAGGUUAUGGAAGAUCUCAGCUUUAUAGUUUUCCUUCGAAAGAAGUUUGCCUACCUAGAGAGCAUCCCUGGCGUCCUCCUUCCACACCCCUCAUCAUCCACGGUCCCCGUAAGGAUCGACGGACAGCUGUCUGACAACUGGGCGGCAGCGCCGAUCCCCCGGGAAGCUCUAGCAGCUUCGGCUAUGGCGCCGACCUUCGAUCUAUAUGACCACUUCAGCCAACAGAUGAAGAUAGCUCCAUCAAUGAGCAGCCUUGAAGCGCUACUUUCAAAGCUUCCGUCGGUCGGACCAGCUCCACCAGGCAUGCUGCAACCGUCUCUCGGCUGCUACGACAUGCCGGUAUCCAUGACAGGGACGACGCAGAGGUCGGCAAUGGAUGGCGGCGGCGGAGGAGAAAGAGUUACAAAGGAGGAAGGUGAUGAGUAUGGAGCUGGAGAGAGCAGUAGUUCCAUGCCUUAUUCUUACUAUGCCAGUGCGAGCAAGUCAGCUGGAGAGGAAUUUUAGAUGGUUAAUUUGAGAUUAAUAAUUAAGUAAUAUAAAAUGUAUAUUAUAAGAAGCAGCUAAUUUAAUUAGUGUUAUUAUAUAAGAAUUUUAUCAA